UGUUUUCGGGAAGCAUCGCCGCCAUCUUGACACCCUGAGAUAGGUGUACAAAGACCUGGACGAGAUGGCGGCCCAGACACCAAUACCUGGUUGUCCUCGACAUCCAGGGAUGGGGUUUGUUUAUGUCUGUAAAUCGUGUGAAGACCAGUUACUUUGUAUGGAGUGUGUUACAGACAGUCACAACGGACACACGCUGGGUAAACUUACUGAUUACAUGGCGGACCAGAAACGGGAAAUACAGCAAUAUGCCGACAAGCUCUCAAAAACCGAUAUUCCCAAAACUGAGGAAGAUAUCAAGGAAAGUGGACAGCAUGCCAAGAGUGGACGAUAUCAGAAAAUGAUUGAGGGAAUCAGACGUCAGGGAAAACAGAUGAAAGACAACAUCGACAACGCCAUUGACAUACUUGUGAGGAUGUGUACCGAGUUAGAGGAGCGCAAUGCAGAUAUUGCAGAGAAAAACAAAACUGCAUUUACUAAAUAUCUGAGGGAGGACUUGAGACCAAAGCUGGACAGGUGCAAAGAAGUACUGACAUCCGGUACAGCUGUUGACGUCACUACAUUAGCGCGGGAAAUAAGACACGGUGUCUCCACUAUCCCACCAACUCUCAUUGAUUUGCAGAAAGUUGAAUUCAGACACGGGACAAUCUCCAUCGAACUCCUAGAAUGCAUGCUUGGUAAGUUACUAGUCAAUGGAGAAGACGAGUCGAACAAACUUGUUGCGAAAUGUGUGGUUUUGUACGAGUUUCAGACGUCGUGUCAUUUCACUACAUGUCAAACAUGUCUUAAUGGUAAAGAGGCAUGGUUAUCGUUCUGGAAGAAUGAGACCAUAUAUCGAGUGGAUUUGAAAGGCAAAGUCAAAAAGAGGAUAUAUUGUCAGGGAAAAGUAUCAUCGAUGUCCGUAUCUCCAACCACCGGGAGAGUAUGGUUCUGUGUGAGGAAUGACAGAAGUAUCCGGGAAUUCAUGACGGAUGGAGACAUUGUUACACGCUUUAACGUAGGUAGCACACCAUAUACUGUGUGUAUCACUAGUGACGACAUGAUAGUGGUGGGGAUGUCAGGAGGAAUACAAAUGUACACUACCGACGGACGGAUGGUGUCGGCAGGAGCGGGUGGUCCCUGUAGACAGGUAGCAGUAUAUCCUCAUCACAUGACGUCAUGUACACUGACCGGGGAUGUAGCUGCUGUUGAUAAAGAUGGUAUAUUGUUUGAUGACUACAUGGCUGGUAAAGAACCAGGCAAGCAACCGCGCGUCAUAGUGAUGGAUAAACACCUCAACCUGCAGUUUUACUGUAAAGACAUCGGUAUGACCAAAACGGACGGAAGUGACAUUCAAUCAUCAAAGUUUUACCCGUUCGAUGUUUGUUUUGAUGGAGCUGGUGAUGUCCUUGUAACGGAAUUUGUCACCAAGUCAGUAUUACUGAUUGACAGGAAUACUGGACACUACAUGAGGACUGUCUAUACAUCUGAUGGAAGUGUACCUUUGUGUAUCAGUCUAUGUGAUGACGGCAUACUUUGGAUCGGACACCAGUAUCAACUGAUAAAGGUCACCCAAUACAGGUAGACGCUUGACGACUAUGCAUCACUACAUAUAGAAAAACUCAAUGCAUUUUCAUUUCGUAACCAUAGUGACAAUAAACACACGUACAAUAGGAAGAUCUUCAGCCAUCGCCAUCAUAGUAAAACUUAAAGUGAUGACCGACAGUCGUAUAUAGAGACAUCAUGGUCAGGAUUAAGAAUAUAAAGUUCGUUUACUUUGUGACAUCUGUAAGAUGUCUAAUAGAACACAGUGAUUUGUGUAUUAGGUGACCAUGGAGCGUUACGAGGAUAUUCGAAAAUACAAUUAUCUGGACAAACGGGAAGUUUACUUUACCUCUGUCCUCCGUCACAGGGGAUAGGCAUUAUCUUACAAACUUUCCUGAAUAAACCAGAAGUUCACUUCGAUACUCUCUUCCAUACAAAGCCAUUAGCAUUCUCUUGAAGAACAACCAGGCGCUUAGGCAAGGUCUUGUAUAAGUAUCUAUCUAUAUCUAUAUAUCAGGAUAUUUAAUUGACCUUAAUAUUUUAGAAUACCAAUCCAAUUUUGUUAUUUUAAUGAAUAGUUCAAUAUAUCACAUAUUUUCCUUAAAAAAGUGUUUCUUA